GCCAGUCCCAAAUAGUUAACCAAGGCGACCAACCGACCCAAGAAACGCCAAGAAAUGGGUGCCACGGCCUCCUGCAAAAAAACCUCCGGCAGUGGCUAUCCGGAACACGAUGAUCCGGCUUACCGCAAAUGCCAGGAACUAAAGAUGGAGCGAUGGAUUCAGAUGCACUACCAGAUCAAGCAGCGGGAACAGGCACUGGCCAUUGCCCAGCACCGGGAGCUCUUCUACUGGCUGAGUGGCUUCUACUUGAGUGCCGUCUAUGGAUGUGCCAGCUACUACCAGAGGGUCAAAAGGGUAUCGGCCCUGGCUCCGCUCCUGCCACUCACCUUCGUGGUGGGCUAUUACACCGAUUGGGCCUACGGCAGUAAGCUUCAUCGGAUUCAAGCGGAAGCCAAUAUGAUAAUGGAACACGAACAGGAGCUGCUACACUGGCCCGGCGGUCUACCCACGGUGGCCGGCAUCGAUGAGGCCCGAGUUGAAGUCGAAAUGGAGAAGAAAAUGCAUCCGCACCACAUGUAG